AUGUCCACUCUCAAGGAAAUUAACGGCCGUCUUAACUCGCAGCCGUUUGUAUCGGGUUUCUCCCCUAGCUCCGAGGAUGCCCGCAUCUUCGGGGAAAUGUUCGGCAGUAACUCGAACGUGAUCCAAUGGGUGGCCCGCAUGGCUUCCUAUUACCAGGCCGAGCGCGAUGAGAUGAUCAGUUCCGGCUCCGAGAAGCUCGCUGAGCCUGCGAAGAAGGUUGCUGCACCGGCGCCCGCCGCUGCUGCCGCUGCGGACGACGACGACAUUGAUCUGUUCGGUGAGACGACGGAGGAGGAGCAGGCGGCGCUGGAGGCAAAGAAGGCGAAGGAUGCCGAGAAGAAGAAGACGAAGAAGGAUGUGAUUGCGAAGUCGUCGAUUCUUUUUGACAUCAAGGCGUGGGAUGACGCCGUCGACCUGGAGGCGCUCGCGCAGAAGCUACAUGCCAUCCAGCGCGAUGGCCUCAUCUGGGGUGACCACAAGCUGGUCCCGGUCGCAUUCGGCGUCAAAAAACUGCAGCAACUGAUCGUCAUUGAGGAUGACAAGGUGUCGGGCGACGACCUGGAGGAUAUGAUCAUGAGCUUUGAGGACGAAGUACAGUCGAUGGAUAUCGUUGCCUGGAACAAGAUUUAA